AUGCGUCCCAACCGCAAGUUGAAUUCCGUGCCCUCGGAAAGGAUCAACCAAAAUGAUAUCACAUUCGGUGAUUACUCAAAUGACUGGGAAUCCUUAGCGAACGAUGACUUGACGGUCGUGUCUAUUCCCAUGACUGAUAACGUCCCCUACGCCACUAGUAGCAUGGACGUCAGCCAUGUCCGAUCCCAAUAUCAGGAUUUGCCAGUGGGACAGGCUCGUGACGUAACAUUCCAUCAACACUUCAAUUCCGUGGGUUGCAGCCCUGUGAUGCGGACUCGUCAAUUGAUGAACGUCUUGACUUUUGAUUCCCGGAACGUUUUCCCAUUUGCCUCGUGCGGCACGAAUGAUGCAGGGUUUCCAGGCGGCCCGGAAAGCAUGAUCCCUGCCGUGCCGUCCCCCCCGGCUACGGGAUUGCCGUCACAAACUAUCACAAGUGCAAUUCACACACGUCCAUGGCCAUGCAGUACCUGUCAAAAUGCAGUCUCCUUCACCCUGGAGAAAGACUUAAAGCGGCACAUGAGCACUGUACAUGCGACAGGGCAUGAGAGUGCUUACUAUUGCCAAUGCGGGAAACGUUGCAUACGCAAAGACAAUCAUCUCCGGCAUGUUCAUACCUGCAAGAAGAAUGACCCCGGUCUUCCCCACUACACUUGCAAGUGCAAGAUGAACUACUUGGAUAAGCGAAUGUAUGUUGACCAUGUCCGUCUUAACACUUGUGAGAAGGCGACGUAG